GUUGGCAUGCGUGUUGCAUGUUUGCAAGCAUGGCUUCAUCCGCUAAGAGGAGAGCUGUUGGUUUAGGUGAAAAUCCCGAGGAAAGUGAAAACAGCUCCGAUGAAAACCCGGAGGAUGAUGGCGAUUCUGGGGAGGAGGAUAGCGAGGCAUCGGAAGAGGAGAUAAAUGAGGAAGUAAUGGUGGACUUCGAAGCCCACAACAUUGCUGUCAACGACUUCAAUGGCAUCAAGAAACUCUUACAACAGCUGUUUCUGAAGGCUCACGUAAAUACAUCAGAGAUCACAGAUCUCAUCAUUCAGCAGAAUCACAUUGGAAGCGUCAUCAGGCAAGCUGAGGUGCCAGAGGACAGUGAUGAUGAUGAUCCAGAUGAAGUGUUUGGCUUCAUCACUAUGCUCAAUCUGACAGAAAGAAAGGGUGUGCAGUGUGUGGAGGAGGUGAAGGAUCUGCUCGUGGAUCAGUGUGAGAAGACAUCCACUCACAGCACGAUGGAACAGCUGGAGCAGAUCCUUAAUGACACCAGCAAGCCUGUUGGGUUACUGCUGAGUGAGCGCUUCAUCAACGUACCUCCACAGAUUGCCCUUCCACUGCACAAACAGCUCCAGGCAGAAAUCACUGAAGCUCAGAGGACGAAUAAGCCUAGCGGGAAGUGCCACUACUGUCUGAUGAUCAGCAAGACCUGCAAGGAGGCAACCAAGACUAUCCCAGCCAGAGGAGGACCUCCCAAAGAGGAAUACAUAUUUGUCAAUGCAGAGGAGGAAUUCUUCUAUGAGCAAGCCAUCAUGAAGUUCCACUACUCGGUCCAGGAGGAUGCAGACUCCUGUUUGAGUGGAAGGUGGUCGUUCGACGAUGUACCCAUGAAGCCUUUCAGGACAGUGAUGCUGAUCCCAGCAGACAGAAUGCCUACCAUUAUGGACAAACUGAAAGAAUACCUAACUGUGUGAACCUCAUAAUAAACUAAGAUCCUAUGCACAUACUGAAGACCUUCAAGCUCAUGGAAAUGAUUCAAUACAUGGCUCUGUCAAUUACAGUAGUGCAAGUAUUGUAAACCUUACAUUUUGUAAUUGUUGCGUAGGGACAGUUUCCUUUUUCAGCAACUUUAAAGAUUUACAAAUUUUUGGUUCAGUUAAGACAAUACAGAAGGAAAACAUUACGGUUAUAUCAUGUGAAUAUGAUUAGAAAUACAACACUUAGUCAUGUUGUCUACAAAGACUUGUGUAUAACACAGUUAAGACAAGUUAAGAUUACUUUUGUAUUAGUGGCAAAAGCUGAUUGGUUGGGCUUGUUAUCCAGCCUCCACAGAUGGUAAAGGGAUGAGUGUGUCAUCUCCUGUUGUAUCACAUGACUAAAUCGUAAAGCUGUUUAACAACAUACAUAUGAGAAUUACUAACCUGCCAGUCUAUAUUUUCCUUUAUCACUUGCUACACAGUUCAUUAUCAUUGUAGAUAUAAAAAAAAAAAGACCAUACAAUUUUUUAAAUAAAAGCAGAUAAUUGAAUGGUGGAUAUUUCUGCUAAAGCACUGUUCUACUGUUGCAUUUUCAAUUAAUAUGUACAUCUCUUGGUACUGGUGAUCAAUAAAUGCAUUAUACAUUUGCAUCCUUUGACAAAA